CUGCCAUUUUACAGUCAAAUGCAUGCGUAGCCUAUCAAUACAACCAACGUAGCCUGUACCGCGGGCGAUUUUGCUCCGGUUCGAAACAAUUUAUCUAUCACCUCUUCUAUACUAACGUUUUCUUCAAUCACGGCAGCAUUUUCUCAGACUGUCAAUUCGCGCCGGUGAAAACGCUUUUACCAAAGAUCAGCAGUAUUCUCGGUGAUUGUUUUGUUAUUCGGUUGUUGGUUAUUUUUGUCUCGACAUUUACGUACAAGUAUUAAAGGACGAUCACACACGGCGACAUAUUACGCCGUCGCCGAAUUAAUCGUCGUUCACGUUCUUGAUGCGGUAAUUGCUCGGCUGACUGGGAUUAAAUGUUCAUUGCCGGUUGACAUUUUAUCGCCUGUGCGCAGUGUGCACUCUCACUGGAAAAUUCGAUAAGAUUACCUUAUUAACCUUGUCGUUUUAAUCAUCGCCGUGUGUAGAGAGAUUUGCAGUUUUUGGCUGUGAUCAAAGACAUUUUGAUUUCGGUGUGUUCGAUGUGGCGGUGUGGGUUGCGGUGAUUUUUCGUGGCGGGGUGUUUUCCGUUUGAGGAUACAUAUUUCUUCUGGAUGGAUUCCGAUCGAUUUAAGCCAGACACUUUAGCCAAAAGUGCCAUUAUCUUCCGGCCACUCCUGGCAUUCUUCGCCGUAUUAUCCCUUUCCGGGACGCUCAGCAUCCAUGCUCAGCCGCCGGUUCCUCCGUUUCCGCCCCGGCCGGUGCCCCUCAUCCUCCGUACACCGCCCGCUGUGUCAUCCCGCCAAAAUAACGUCUCGGCGGUAUUUUUUCAGCAGUCGGCCCUUAGCGAUGCCACGGCCCUCACUCUGCCGCCCACCCAGCUGCGCCUCACCUUCCCGCCGGGAUCCACGGUGACCCCGCGUUUCCCGAAUCGUAUCCGCUUCAAGCAAAGCGCGCUGGAACCAGAAACUGCACCCGCAGACACUUCGACCAGCAAUAUAUCCGAGAAUGGAUCGACUUCCGGCCCGGCGGAUACGCCGCUUGUGCGGGAUGACGGCGGCCGUGCCAAUCGAACGGCUUUGCUCAAUAUGUCCUCGCGGUUGCUGAUGCGGGAGGGAAUGCGGGAUGUGCUGGACGGGAGGGAUAUACCGGCUACCCCGGCUGCCGAGGUUGUGCCGGCGGUUAGGAUACCGCCGAAAAGGUCAGAUGACGGCGACACGGCUCUUAACGCGCAAAUGGCGGAGAAUAAUGGGAACAGUGGGUAUUCUGUGGGUGGCAUUACGGUCGGAGCGCUGAUUGGGAUCAUUGCGGGGAUCCUGACUGCCCUGGCACUUGCAGCGGUCAUCGGCAUUGUUUGUUAUCGGCGGCGUCACCCCACGUGGAAUGCAGCGGAAACGGAUUUACGCGUGCUGGCGAGUCAUUAUGGCAGCUAUUGGGAUGAUAAAACGCUACCAAACUACCAAUUCAACGACAGGAUGACCUGGCCCGGCGACACACACGAAGAAAUGAUUGCGCUUGACAACGAUGCUUUCCUGAAGAGUCUGGAAGAUCUCGGCCGGGUCAGCACGAGCAGUCGGCCGUCAAGUAAGAGUAAUUGGAGUACUCCCGAUCGAAAUCGGGAGCGCAGUACGGCCAACAACCACUCCAGCGCAGACACCACGGCGACAGUACACAUCGGCCGAACGAGCGAUCGAACACCGCACCGGCUGUCUACACAGGCCCACAUCCACAACGGGAACAGCCAAAGUACCAAAGUGUAAGCCCGCACGCGCUGCCACUUCUCCUCCUGGGAUGCCACCCACACACACCCGUCGAUCGGAAUCAUUGACCGAGUGACCCUAAUUCCGGGAAGCCAUGAUGCCGGCGAUACCGGAGCUGGAUUGUCACAGCCGGAAGUGGUCAAAUGAUGAUCGCGACGGUGUGGUGGCGAUUUGCCGCACACUUCUGCAUGCAACUGACGCUGUUGAUUUAUUGAUCUCAAUUGUGAAUGCAUUGGUUUUAGUCGCUGUAUACGUGAGGUAAUAUUAUAUAUGAUUUUGUUGAUAUACCAAAUGGUAUCUGCAGGCAAAAACUGUUAGCAGUCAUUUCGGAUGUUGUGAUUUCUUCCCGCUGGAAUUAUGAUUUUCGCAAAAGGUUGACAAACAAAAAAUUCAAUUAAA